AUGGCCAACUUCUUCUCUAGCAUUCGAAUUCUCAGCUUCUUCGUCUUCAUUGGUUGCCCCAAUGAGGAGCUUAUGACCUCGGGCACAGUCAAACAAACGACAUCAAUUGCAGCACUCCAACGACCGACUUGGGCCAAGGUGAUUCAAAAGGCCCUCAAGAACCAGCCUGUGCUUGUCGUUUACACAAAGGAGGAAGAAUACGCCAGGGUCAACGAGUCCAGGGUAGAGGCGCGACGGAUCUUGGUCGACGAGAAGAAGGACAAGUGCCAAGUUGUCGUAUUUGACCGCAUCCCACAAUACGCGGCCCGUCUCGGAAUACUCCUGUUCCAAUGA